AUGAAGAAGAAAAGACUGAAGGAGACGAUAAUGAAGAAGCGAAAGCCGACGAACGAAGAAGUAAUGCAAAGGAAUCGAAAAAGAAUAAGAGAAAACGUUCAGUUAACGAAAAUGAAGAAGAAAAGACUGAAGGUGACGCUAGUGAAGAAGAGAAAACCGACGAUCGAAGAAGUGAAACAGUCAAUGAAAAUGAAGAAGAAAAGACUGAAGGAGACGAUAAUGAAGAAGCGAAAGCCGACGAACGAAGAAGUAAUGCAAAGGAAUCGAAAAAGAAUAAGAGAAAACGUUCAGUUAACGAAAAUGAAGAAGAAAAAAAUGAAGGUGACGCUAGUGAAGAAGAGAAGGCCGACGAUCGAAGAAGUGAAGAAAAGAAAAGGUGACGAACGAAGAAGUGAAGCAGUCAAUGAAAAUGAAGAAGAAAAGACUGAAGGAGACGAUAAUGAAGAAGCGAAAGCCGACGAACGAAGAAGUAAUGCAAAGGAAUCGAAAAAGAAUAAGAGAAAACGUUCAGUUAACGAAAAUGAAGAAGAAAAGACUGAAGGUGACGCUAGUGAAGAAGAGAAAGCCGACGAUCGAAGAAGUGAAAAAGUGAAUGAAAAUGAAGAAGAAAAGACUGAAGGUGACGCUAGUGAAGAAGAGAAAGCCGACGAUCGAAGAAGUGAAAGAGUCAAUGAAAAUGAAGAAGAAAAGACUGAAGGAGACGAUAAUGAAGAAGCGAAAGCCGACGAACGAAGAAGUAAUGCAAAGGAAUCGAAAAAGAAUAAGAGAAAACGUUCAGUUAACGAAAAUGAAGAAGAAAAGACUGAAGGUGACGCUAGUGAAGAAGAGAAAGCCGACGAUCGAAGAAGUGAAAGAGUCAAUGAAAAUGAAGAAGAAAAGACUGAAGGAGACGAUAAUGAAGAAGCGAAAGCCGACGAACGAAGAAGUAAUGCAAAGGAAUCGAAAAAGAAUAAGAGAAAACGUUCAGUUAACGAAAAUGAAGAAGAAAAAAAUGAAGGUGACGCUAGUGAAGAAGAGAAGGCCGACGAUCGAAGAAUUAACGAAAAUGAAGAAGAAAAGACUGAAGGUGACGCUAGUGGAGAAGAGAAAGCCGACGAUCGAAGAAGUGAAGGAGUGAAUGAAAAUGACGAAGAAAAGACUGAAGGUGAUGCUAGUGAAGAAGAGAAAGGUGACGAACGAAGAAGUGAAACAGUCAAUGAAAAUGAAGAAGAAAAGGCUGAAGGAGACGAUAAUGAAGAAGCGAAAGCCGACGAACGAAGAAGUGACGCAAAGGAAUCGAAAAAGAAUAAGAGAAAACGUUCAGUUAACGAAAAUGAAGAAGAAAAGACUGAAGAAGAAGAAGAGAAAGGUGACGAACGAAGAAGUGAAGCAGUCAAUGAAAAUGAAGAAGAAAAGACUGAAGGAGACGAUAAUGAAGAAGCGAAAGCUGACGAACGAAGAAUUGAUGCAAAGGAAUCGAAAAAGAAUAAGAGAAAACGUUCAGUUAACGAAAAUGAAGAAGAAAAAACUGAAGGUGACGCUAGUGAAGAAGAGAAAGCCGACGAUCGAAGAAGUGUAAAAGUGAAUGAAAAUGAAGAAGAAAAGACUGAAGGUGACGCUAGCGAAGAAGAGAAAGCCGACGAACGAAGAAGUGAAACAGUCAAUGAAAAUGAAGAAGAAAAGUCUGAAGGUGACGCUAGUGAAGAAGCGAAAGCUGAAGGAACAAAUAGCGAAAACAAAUCACUACUGAGCCGAAUUCUACGCCAUAAUCACACAAUUUUUUAUUAG